AUGCAAUCAAGUCUUGAUACUGAGAAAGACAAGGAAGCAAACCCGAAUUCUUCUUCGAAUAGAAAGUCCCCUUCAGUACUGGACGCGAUCUCGGAGAAGACUGAUUCCGAUGUGUGCCCCAUGGAUCUGGAAUCUGAUAAUUUGACAGAUCACGACGAUGAAGGAAUGGAUAGCUUCCCCCAAAAAGAUGUCAUUGAGAACAAUAUCAUGAAUGACUCAAGCGAUAAUGAGCGAGAGGGGGGACCUGCGACUGACCUCGCUGAAGAUAUUCCAGCCUCAACGAUCAACCCCAUUGCCACCACUUCCACCGAUGAUCGAAUUAUUCGUACUUUACAGAGAAACUCCGUGCAAAGGGAAAUACUGAAGAAAAAGAUGAGGAGCGAGGAUGGUGACUAUGGAGACGUCGUAUAUGUAGAAUAUUGGAAAUUCAAUACUUAUCCUGAAUAUCUUCGGAACGGUGGUAAAGGAGAAGGGAUGGGGAGGAACAUUUGGGGCCAGAUAACUAUAGUGGGUAUCCAGAAAAAAAAAACCCGGACCAUUGGACCAGAUGAUUAUGGAAGUAACCUCACAAUUGAACAGAGGGAGUUCUGGAUCGUUGAGCCUCGAGUCUUAUGA